AUGGCCGUCCUCGCUGUCGCAAGCUUCUUCGCACUCCUGUGCAUCUCUCAGCAAGCGCGAGCUGCGAACUACACGUUCAUGAAGGACGCGGUGCACGCGCCGCGGAUGGCCGACUACGACUACAUCAUAGUCGGCGGCGGCACGGCGGGUUGCCCGCUGGCGGCCACCCUGUCGGACCGCUCGCGCGUGCUGCUACUGGAGCGCGGGGGCUCCCCCUACGAGGACGCGCGCGUGCUGAGCAUGGCGCACUUCUCGGAAGUGCUGGCGGACACGUCGGCGUCGUCCCCGUCGCAGCGGUUCGUGUCGGAGGACGGUGUGAUCAACUCCCGCCCGCGCGUGCUGGGCGGCGGCAGCUGCAUCAACGCCGGGUUCUUCACGCGCGCGGGCGCCGGCUACGUCAGGGCGGCCGGGUGGGACCCCAGGGAGGUGCGCGCGGCGUACCGGUGGGUGGAGGACGUGGUCGCGUUCCGCCCGGCGCUGGGCCCGUGGCAGGCCGCCGUAAGGAGGGGCCUGCUGGAGACCGGCGUGCUCCCGGACAACGGGUUCACGUAUGACCACAUCCCAGGGACGAAGGUCGGUGGGUCCAUCUUUGACGAGGACGGCGGGCGGCACACGGCGGCGGACCUGCUCCGGUACGCCAACCAGGACGGCAUCGACCUGUAUGUCCGGGCGAGAGUGUCCAGGAUCUUGUUCCGUUACAAAGGAACCAAGCCGGUGGCGGAAGGCGUGGUGUACCAUGACUCUCGCGGCAACUCUCACACGGCGUACCUCAGCCCCGGCGCCGCCAGCGAGGUCAUCCUCUCAGCGGGGGCGCUGGGCAGCCCGCAGCAGCUGAUGCUGAGUGGCAUCGGCCCAGCCGACCACCUCCGCUCGCUCGGCAUCGACGUCGUCCUCGACCUGCCGGGCGUCGGGCAGGGCAUGUCCGACAACCCCAUGAACGCCAUCUACGUGCCGUCGCCGUCGCCGGUGGAGGUGUCGCUGAUCCAGGUAGUCGGCAUCACCCAGUUCGGCAGCUACAUCGAGGGCGCCAGCGGGGCCAACUGGAACAGCCACCCCUCGGGCACGCAGACGCAGCCUCCUCGGAACCUCGGCAUGUUCUCUCCGCAGACGGGGCAGCUCGCGACGGUGCCGCCCAAGGAGCGGACGCCGGAGGCCAUCGCGCGCGCCGUGGAGGCCAUGAGCCAGGUCCCCGACGCGGCGCUCCGUGGCGGGUUCAUCCUGGAGAAGGUGCUGGGCCCGCAGUCCACGGGCCACCUGGCGCUCCGCAACCUGAACCCCGACGACAACCCCUCGGUGCGGUUCAACUACUUCGCGCACCCGGACGACCUCCGCCGCUGCGUCGCGGGCAUCUCCGCCAUCGAGCGCGUGAUCCGCUCCAGGGCCUUCUCGCGCUUCACCUACCCCAACUUCGCGUUCCCGGCCGCGCUCAACGUCACGGCCGACUUCCCCGUGAACACGCUGUACCGGCGCGGCGGCGGCGACCCCAGGGCGCUGGAGCAGUUCUGCAGGGACACCGUCAUGACCAUCUGGCACUACCACGGCGGCUGCCAGGUCGGCCGGGUCGUCGACCGCAACUACAAGGUCCUGGGUGUCGAGGCCCUCCGCGUCAUCGACGGCUCCACCUUCAACGCCUCGCCGGGCACCAACCCGCAGGCCACCGUCAUGAUGCUCGGCAGGUACAUGGGCGUGAAGCUCCUGAAAGAGAGGAUGCUACUGGAACCAUGA